AUGAAGGUCAAGGUUCUACAUCGAGAUCCUUCCGAGUAUACCAUUACCAAGCCGGGCGGUAUACAAAAAUACCAGCGCAACGCGGAUCCCGUUUUGCACCCAUUCGACCGAGCCACUGAAUACACCCGAGCCUUGAAUGGAGCGAAGAUACAGAAGAUGUUCGCCAAGCCGUUCCUCUGUGCCCUAGAGGGCCACACUGAUGCCGUUAAAUGCAUGACCAGAUGCAGGACCGUGAUAGCACCUCUAUUCACUGGCAGUUGCGAUGGCGAGAUACGAUUCUGGAACGUCGGUCAGCGGAGGUGCUUCAAGUCAGUGCGAGCUCACGAAGGUUUCGUUCGUGGCCUGUGUACUACUAGUGAUGACUCCCUCGUCGUCAGCGCUGGUGAGGACAAGACUAUCAAACUGUGGAAGUAUGGACUUGUUAAUUUCCAGUCUUCUAUGCUGUCGUCGAUCGAUGCCCAUUGGGGUAAGAGCUCUAUGCUAGCCACUGCUGGGGAGACUGUGGACAUCUGGGACUACAAUCGGACUACACCCCUUUCUACCUACGAAUGGGGUACGGAAGCUACUCUUAGUGUGAAGUUCAACCCUUGUGAGGAGUGCCUUCUUGGUACGACUGCUAUGGACAACUCUAUCGGCCUCUUCGACGUCCGUAUGCAAAGUGGUUUGAGAAAAGUGGUCCUUCGUAAUCGAAGCAACGCUUUCUGCUGGAAUCCUCGUCAACCUCUGCGGUUUAGUGUAGCCAACGAGGAUGGCAAUCUGUAUACUUUCGACAUGAGGAAGCUUGAUUCGGCUGUGUUCAUUCACAAGGGACACGUGCGGGCAGUGCUGGACCUUGAUUACAGUCCUACUGGUGAGGAAUUGGUCUCUGCUGGUUACGACAAGACCAUACGGAUCUUUAACUACGAAACACAACGUUCGAGGGAGGUGUAUCACACGAAACGAAUGCAGAGAGUACUGUGCUGUCAGUACAGUGGUGAUGGUCGGUUUGUGUUUAGUGGGUCGGAGGACUGUAAUAUUCGGGUGUGGAAAAAUGAGGCUUCUGACAAGUUGGGCGUUGUGAGCAAGCGGGAGAAGAAGGCUCAGGCAUAUCGAAAGAAAUUAGUUGCGAAGUACAAGCAUAUGCCGGAGAUAAGACGGAUUGCAAAUCACAAGCAUCUCCCGAAGGCUAUUAAGCUGCGGCAAGAUAGGAUGAACAUAAUGGACGAGGCUCAGAAGAAAAAGGAAGCAAAUAGGGUGAAGAACUCAAAGCCCGGCAGCAGGCCGAAAGUCGGCGAGAAGCAGAAACCUAUUCUGCGGCAGCUGAAGUGAUAAUGCAUUUGUAUCCAACUGUAUCACUGGCCACACGUUUCUA